CCCUAAGGGUACGACAUCCCUGACCUCAGGAAUGACAGAAGACCUCACGUACCAACCCUGGACGCAGAGGGUCAUUGCGAAGGGACAGAUUCUGGCGGGAACAUAAAAUCACGGACAUUCCAUAAUUUUGCAUUCUCAUCCUAACAUACUUGUUUUUGCUUAGAUUCUUCUUUACCUCAUGUAUUAUAAUUAUUGUAGAAUUAUGUUAGUUAUUUUCAUUACUUAUUAAAAUAAAACUUGUAUAAAAACAUAAUAGUGGCGACGAGGAUUCGUUGAAUAAAAUUAAAGAACCAUCAUGCCAGACUCAAAUCAACGGCCACAUCAGCCUCCUCCAAACCAGCUUCCACCACAACAACAGCAGCAGUUACAGCAACAGCCUCCUAUGCAACAACGUCUUCAGCAACAGCAGCGACCUCCACAACAAAUUGCGCCACAAAAUCCACUUCAACCUAACCUCCAAAUGCCACCACCACCGCCGCAGAUUCCUCAAGAUUUCAUAUCGUUCUUCCAAGUGAUGAUGACUAAUCAAUCUGCCCUCAUGGAGCGCCUCUCGGAGAACAUAUUUAAUAUGAAGAAGGAAAGAUCGACCGCAGAAUAUACGAUGGAGGUGCUAGCAAAAAACAUCCAAGAUUUUCAUUACGAUGAAGAGAACGGAGUCACAUUUGCACAGUGGUUCGAACGUUUCGCGACCACGUUUAAAGAAGAUGCAAGAGCGUUAACAGAGGAUGCUAAAGUUCGACUACUUUUAAGAAAGUUGGGUGCAUCAGAGUACUCCCGCAAAAUAUUUGGACAAUCGGAGUCGAUCUUUGUUCAUCGCAUUGACGACCUACUAUAGCGAUGACACAACAGGAGGCAAUGACCAGCGCAACUAUGAUCUACUUCAACGAAUACUGAUGACACAACAGGAGGCAAUGACCAGCGCAACUUCGAUUUGUGUUAUUGUUUUUAUUUAUUUAUUUUAAUGCUGACAUAUUUAAAUGUUAUUGAUUGACAUAAUUUGUAUAUAUUUUGAUUUGUAAGGAAAUUAUUAUUAUAUGUAAUCGAUACUUUGCAAUAAAAAUUGUAUUAUGUGUAAUGAAUAAUUUAAGUAUAAAAGAGACAUAAUUGUCAACAAUAAAUGCAUUCGUCAGUAACAACCAACCAUACCAAGGUGUUUUUAUUUACGAAUCUCCAC